AUGGUCGCGCGUCUCAUGCCUCCGGCGGUGGUCAUCCUGGCCUCGUUCCUCCUCCUCCGGUGUGUCUAUGUGGUGGACGCCGCCGAGUGCGAGCCGGUGGCGUGCGGGAACUUCACCAUCAAGUACCCGUUCUGGCUCGGCGCGCCCCGCCGACCCCCGCCUGAGCCCUCCUGCGGCCACCCGGCCUUCGAGCUCUGGUGCAUCGACGGCAACACCACGGCUUCCAUGAGCGGCUCCCCCAUCCACGUCCACAGCAUCGACUAUGCCACCCGCUCCUUCGUCGUCUACCACAACAGGGUCGCCUCGGGCACGGACGGCGUGUGCCGCGCCGACUUCAACGUCUCGUCCAGCCUAGCCCUCAGCCCGUUCAACAUCAGCCCCACGAACCAGGCCCUGUGCUUCCUCUCCGACUGCAAGAACGGGACGGAGCCGCGCGGGCCCCAGUACGUGAACGCCACCGGCAAGCCCAUCUUCGCGUACCUCGGCGGGAGCUACGACCGGGACAGGCCGCCGGCGAUCGACACCGGGACCUGCACGUACAAUUACCUGCCGGUGCUCGGGACGGAGGCGGCGAUGUCCACGGUGGCCAACUACACCCGGCUCCUGAAGGCCGGGUUCCUGCUGGACUGGGCAGGCGCCGGCAUCGGCGACUGCCCCGCCUGCAUCGCGACCGGUGGCCAGUGCCGGUACAGCAACGCGAACGCGGCGUUCGGAUGCCUCUGCCCUGGUGACGGGAGGCUGCGCGGCCUGACAUGCGCCGUGCGAUGGUUUUGGUAUCCGCCCCCGUCGGCCCUCGUCCUGUCUAUGAUUCGGAUGUGGUAUGUAUAUUAUCUUUAUAACUAUUGGUUCAUUUAUUGUUUAUGA